UUUUACAGAUUUUCAUUACACUUUGUUACAUGGGCAGCAUCAUCACAAAGACCAUAAAGCCUUAAGAGACUUUCAGACUCUGUGCCAUAACCAUUGACAGUAACGGAAACAAGAGCGAAUUAAUUAAUCUGUUGUAUAGAUAUUAGUUGUUUGUGUAUGUAUACAGUGCAAAAUUUCAACAAAAAAUGCAUGGAAUAAUGGCUGUGAGUAAUGUGCAUAGAGAAGCACUGAAACAGGCGGCCUGGGGAAGCUGAUGUAUGUGGAGUCUGUGGCCACUGUCUUUGUUGUGGUGUGAUGGGAGGUGAGCAGAAUGGAUGGAUGAAUGAUAACCUUUGCCUUUGAGCAUCCCACAGUUGUAAAAUCCCCAAUGACUGGAAACUGGGCUAAAGAUUUAAAUAUUUUCACCAUCCAGACUGUUCCUGGCGGGUUGCAAUGACGAAUUACAAAUUAACUCUGCAAUCUGUUAGCAGAUUACAGUUUAACUUUGCCCCUGUUUUGGAAAAGCUAAAGCCAAGUGGCAUUUCCUGAUUUACCACAACUUUGACUAUUGUGUUGUCUCAAGGACUUCAGGCUCCACUGACUGUACCUACCUAAAGACAUAAGGUUCAAUAAAUGCCCCAGAAUCAAUGGCAGCACUAUUUCUGCACUGUGCAUUUUCUCUGGGAGUCUUUCCAGGACCUCAAGCAAAUACUUAGCAGCCUCUUUGCACAGGCUCUAUGCAGCGUGAUGGCUGCUGUGUAAUGCACUCACCAUGGCCUGCUAACAGUUGUGAAUUUAUUUUCUACUGUGAAGUGAGGCUCUGGAAUGGGUGAUGGAUUGGUUCUCUUCUUUAGUUAAGCAUUUCUGCAUGGCUGGAAAAUUUUAUAGGCUUGCCUUGUGGCUACAUUAAUACCUGCAUUAAUAAUAUAUAAUAAUGUGACUAUGUGCUGCUUAAUUCAGCUGAAGCCUAAUGUUAGCAGCGGUGCUAAGCAUCUUCAAUCAGGCAUCCUCUUGUCUCUAUAGGAUGGAGAAGGACAAUUUUAAGUACCACCUGUCAGAAAGCUGUUAAAAACCCUUUUUCAGGGUUGAUAUUCCCUCUUAAUUAAACGUGUUUAUUCCAGUUCAGUACCUUUCCCUACAAACCUUUUCCUUUGGCCAUUUGGAUCCAUUAUGGAUCUAAUAACAUUCUUCAUUGAAUGGAAAGUCGGGUUUUAAGGACAGUGCCUUUGCUAACAGCUUGUCUCCCUCCAGACAAAUGUAAAAUUUUGGUUGGUCGGCGUUUUAGUGAAGACAGGUAUCCUGAGCUAGCUGCUGUAUGCAGAAAUCCCAGUACUCUCAUUUUGUAUCCUGGAGCUGAAGCUACCAAUUUGGAAGAAGUCACUGUGAUGUCUUCUAGCCCACCAGUUAUGAUCAUCAUUGAUGGAACUUGGAGCCAGGCUAAAGAUAUAUUUUACAAAAAUUCUCUCUUCCGAUUUCCCAGGCAGGUGCAGUUAAAAACCAACAUUUCAAGUCAGUACGUAAUUCGUACACAGCCAACAAACAGCUGUCUCUCUACACUUGAAUGUGCUGCUGUUGCUCUCACUAUCAUGGAAAAAAAUAAGAAUAUACAAGAGACUAUACUACGACCCCUUCAAGCUUUGUGCUCUUUCCAGCUUCAGCAUGGAGCCCAGAUCCAUCACAGCAAGGAGCAUCUUCUCAAAAAUGGCUUAUAUGACAAGCCAAUGCCAAAGAAUAAGCGCAAACUAAGAAGAAUGGAACUUUUUUAAAUAAUGUAAAAAUAUAGGAAAACUGUACCUACCAUAGAGUGGGAUGUAUUUGCAUCUAGCCAAUGAAUGUGGAUCUGAAUUUAUAACCUCCAUUUUCUACAGCUGUUUCCUCCUAUGCCACAGGUUCAGACACUUGCAAUCAUUCCUGAGUCCAGGUGCUUCUCAUCAUCCGUGCUUCUUGACAGCCACUACUGUUCAGAUAGGUGAUGCAGCUUCCUCGUUCCAACAGGGGCCCUAAAAUGUAAGAGAAGUUCCUUUAAAAUAUGCUUGUUAUUGGGAUUAAUAAAUAUUUUCAUCUGUUUUUUUUUCUCUUAUCAGCCAAUCCUCUCUUCUUAAAAGUCGAUGCGUUAAAAGGCAUCUGCAUUUUUGUAUGUGGUUCCUUAUUUUGGUCAGGCAUUUGUGAAAGAAUUUGAUUGCAUCGUUUACUGGGUUUGUUCAGUUUGGGGCUUUGAAAGUGAAGGUAGAGCAAGCUUUUUUGAGAAAACGUUUUCCAUGAAAGCUUUCAACAAAGCAAUCUCAAUUGAGAUGCUUAAGAUGUUUCAUUCAAGUGCCUUGACUCAUUAAGUAACACUUUUCUGAUUAAUUGUUAUGUAUUAUAUUUGAGAAUGAUCAGAAUGACUAUACAAGAUGAAUCUUAAUGCUCUGCUGUUCUCAGAGAAAUGCAUUCUAUACAAAGAAGCUAUGUUUUUGAGGAAGCCAUGUCAGUGGGUUUGUUUCUUGAGCAAUAUUUUUGGAACUUACUGAAGAAUGAGAAUGAAUUCUGGUUCUAAGUUUUCUUUUCCACGCUCUGUGAAUUAUGUUCUGCCAUAAUUGGAAGGGUAACGUGUCAUUGUAAAACCAACAUUUUCAGAACUGUCUAAUUCAAGGAAAUAGACACUUUUCAAUUUUUCAUUCUAAUUUGAAACAAAGACUCUGGUGAGGAGGCAGUAGUCACAGUGGAACAAGAAUUGCCUUGUUUACCAACAUUGUUUUGAGCUCAUGUUUCCUAAAUCAUUUUGUCCUGAUCUCUCCCUCCCUGCUGACCCUAAACACGAGCCCUGCUUUCAUUCUUUCUUCAACAAUUGCUUAUUCUGUCCCUUUUAACCAAAAUAAAAGAAUCUGGGAGAACUCCUUCACGUAUUAGGAGAAUUAUAUCUCUCUGGUGAUCGUUAGCCUAAGUUGUGGUUUAAGGAAAUCUGAAGCAGGGAAGCAUUGAAAUAUUAAAGCUGCUAUUUGUGAUUAUACUCCAGAAAUCUAGGAGAGAGAAUGCAGCACGGAAGGUAGUUUGUGUUUUUUUGUCUUAUA